AUCUACUGGUACUGUUAAUGCAUGUCUCUCUGCAUCAGGUAGUUGAAAGUGUUGAAGGAGGCUCUGUCAACUUGAAGUGCAGUCACAAAAACAUUUUACUUGAAGAUAAACACCUGACAGUCCACUGGAGACACAACGACAUCAGGAACGUAUUCGAUAUCAUCCGUGGAAAAGCUUCUAUAAAGGAACAGGACCCAGCGUACAACAACAGAGCAGAAGUUUUACACGAGCAGCUUAAGGGCCACGUCUUUCUCAAACUCACCGAUCUUCAGCUCUCUGAUAGAGGAACGUAUCUCUGUUUCGUCCCAGCUUUGGGAAUUUAUCACAGUACACAGCUGGUGGUCAAAGAACGAACAUUACCCAAGUACGAGGCAAUUCUAGUUCAAGUUCGAAGCCACGGUACAGGAACAAGGCUUGGAAGAACUCUGCACCUCCUAAUACCUUUAACUGGACUGAUUCUGCACUUUAUUUGAACUGGCCUUUCUGGACGCUUUUAUUGUCAAUGAAGCACUGAGCACACUACACCUCUGUAUCUCAGAUCCAUGUAAAUAUUGUAUCAUUCAGGCCGGAGAGGCAUUGUUUUUUGUGUUGUUUGUUUAUAAAUUAAAUGCUGCUCUAUUCCACACUCACUGCAACUGAAUAAUUCAUUAAAAUGACAAUAAAAAACAUUCUUAUGUCUUAAUAAAACACAAUUCAUAAGAAAUCUAUAAUGAAUCAA